GUCACCGCUCUCGGUUAGUCGCCAGUCACGCCCCAUUUAUGGUCCAGGGUGGCUGGAACGAAACUUUGAUAGGAUACCGAAUAAAAAGUCACGAUGAAGCAAGUCCCACCGGACACAAAGUUGGUCAUAGCAUUUUUCAGGUUUAAAUAAUGAAAUUCCCUCCAGUUCAAAAACACUAGACGAAGGUGUCUCUAAAAUAUUCGAUGAAAUUCUACAUGAAGUGUUUUCCAAAGAUCCAAAUGAUGCACCACUUGGUGAAACAGGAGCAGCAGGCAGAUCAGAAUAUCCUCAACAAAUGAGCUUGAGAAGUGCUGAAUUGGCAUCAAGUUUGGAUAAGGAAAAAGAACAUUUGGCUAAAAUAGUUGAUGAAAUUCUACAUGAAGUGUUUUCCAAAGCUCCAAAUGAUGCACCACUUGGUGAAACAGCAGCAGCAGGCAGAUCAGGAAACAGUGUUUCUUGGAAUUCUCCUGAAUCGGAAUAUUUCCUUGGCAGUGUGGACGAAAUUUCCAAUAAUGAUCACAUUUCAGAUGAGAAGAGGGAUCAAGAAUCCUCUCUAUUCAACAGGGAUGUAAUUGAGCAAUUGACUACUGUGGAUAAAGAGACACUUCAAGUAGCAGUUAGUCCAGAUGCUCACUACGGGAAUAUGCCCUGCGCAAAGCUUCUGCACUUUCUGCAGAGGAACAUCAUCGUCGCUGUUGGGUCGGUGGCGGCAAUCCUCACCGCUGCAGUGCUGCUGCUGCUGCUGAUGACCAUGUACUGCAGAAAGAAGCAGCUGCUUGUGCCUGUGCACGUGUGAAGACGUCUGUUGGUGCUCUGCCCUUGCUGUGCAGCCAGAGGAAGCAGCCUCUGAAUGAUCUCACAGUCCUGGCCUGGGCCAGGUGAACACCUCUCCACAACCUCCCAAUAUGGACACUGCGCUCCAAGCCCCAUGCCCACAGUGGCACUCCAAAUGCCUCCUGCACCCCUACAUGAGCUGUGGCUCACCUGCACCCCAAACCUUGUUUCCCACAGCUUCCCCCAGUCACAUCCUGCCUCUUGCUGCACAUGCUCCUGCCAGCCGUGGCUUGCCUGCACUGCAGAGGUCUACUGCCAGCUUUCCCAACAGCCGUGGACUGGCUCUGGCCCAGGUGGGCAGGAGAACUUCUUUGUCACAGGCUAGGCUGCCCCACUGCUUCUGUAACAACGUCUGACCUCAGCCCUGGGGAGAGCCCCCUUCCAAGUUUGCCUUUCCACACUCCUCAGCCCUGAGGGACCCUUUGGAGUUCUAUUUACAUCUUUACAGCCACUC